ACGAUAUUCAAGCGAAGCCCAAAUUCUGCAAGUAAGGUUGUAUGGGCAGGUGAUGAUGGCGAAGACGCCGAUUCGUCCGGCGAGUCGGAGAGGAAGACUCAUCACGCUUUUCUUGCCGUCCUUGAAAAGGCUUCUGGUUUGGCAUUUCGACAGCUGAUCGUUCGCACUGAUUCUCCUCGCCUGAUUAUGGCCUCUGAGAACUGGUUACCCGUUUGGCAGCGAAGUGGAUGGCGCAAUUCUUUGCACAAGCCUAUUGCGGACGUUGAUUGCUGGAGGAAGAUUUGGUCGCUCAAGAAAAUCAUCAAGGUCUACUGGGAACUUAUGGAUUCUCCCGACAAGGCGAUUAUACAAUUUGACUCUGUGUAG